GCACUCCCUCCAUCCCACUAUUCACCCAUCAUGUCAGAGCCGUCUCCAGCCUGGUGGAAGCUGACUUUCCUGAGGAGAAAAAAAUCCCAGCCCAAGGUUCUGUAUGAAAUCCCUGCAGAGUUUGUUUCCAACGCCUCCAGCGGUCAGCAUGGGUCCAGCCCAGCCACCGGAGCUGGCGCCCACCCAGAGGACAUGGUGCAGGACUCUCAGCUGGACACCCGACUGGAGAGGAUCAUGGAUAAAACAACGGGCAGCAAAGGGCGCCAGGUCAAGGUUUCUCACUCUGGGAGGUUUAAGGAGAAGAAGAAAGUGCGAGCCAGUCUGGCGGAGAACCCAGAGAUGUUUCCAGAAGGUGACCCUGCCAGAGAUGAGAACCAGAGGGCUGGAACAGAACACACACUAAACAUGAACAGGGAUGCAUCGGUAGGGAGAGAUUAAAGCGUGUCAUUCGUGGCAUCUCUCUCCCAUUGUUGUCAGUUGAUGGAGCCUAAAUUUGGGAACACUUUUCGCCUCGUCUUCAAAAUGGCCACUGAGACACUCAUCAGAAUAAGUUACAUUUAGACUUUAACUUGUGUGAAAUGUGCCUAAAUAGUUAAUGUUCCUAUAGAGAAGAUGAGGUUUUCCCAAUCACUUCACUACAAAAGAAAACAUCCAGUGGCCACGGGUGUCAGCUGCUGCAUCAUCUGCUUGAUAAUAGAACUAUGAUGAUUGCAGGAAUUAAACUUCAACCUUUCCAAUCCUCACCUAGUCCAGUGUGUUGUUUAGAUGUACCGGGGUCAAACCUGUGACCUUUCCGUUACUGGAUGGAUUAUCUAACUAGCAGAUCAUGGACCUUUGGACCUUUGGACCUCAUGUGAGACUGCAACUGUUUAGCACCUUGAACUCAGACUCAGAAUCAAAAAAUGGCUUAGCUUAAUUUACU